AUGAGCGCAGGGCCGCCGGAGCGUAACUGGGAGCCACGCGACAGUGUGCAGGCCCUGCACACGCGCAUGCGCUACGCGCGCAUGUUCAAUGACCAGCUCGCCGAGUUCCUCGCGGCGCGCUGCGAGGCCGAGGAGGCCUAUGUGAAGCACCUGCACAAGGCCGCGCGCCGCACGAUCGACACGGCCUACAUUCCCGCGCAGCUGCGGCCCGUGUACGAGCGCCUCAUGGCCGAGGUCGCCGACAAGGCGCACAUCCACACGACCCUGGCGCACCACCUCCAGCGCGACGCGGAGGCGCUCCAGCAGGCGCACACACAGGGCGAGUGGGCCCGCCUCGUGCACCACGACGACGUGCUCGCGCCCCUCCUCAAGGACGUCCAGGCCCUCGAGUCGCAGCGCGCCAAGAGCCAGCGCAAGCUCGGCAAGAAGAGCAACGCCAGUGCGCAGCAGAAACUCCUCUCGACCGAGGACGCCCUCCAGCACGCGCGCGAGAUGUGGCAGGACCGCGCGCCGACGAUGCUCCACGCGUACGAGUCCGCGGACGCCCAGCGCCUCUUCGCCGUGCGCACCGUCCUCCGGAACCUGUCCAAGGCGGAGGGCGAGGCGGCCAAGGCCCUCUUCGAGUCGGCACGCCACACGUUCCAGGCUGUCCACCACUUUGACCCCAUGGCCGACAUGGAGCAGUUCGCCGGCAUCGCCGCGCCGACGGCGCCCGCGCGCUUCGCCGUCCCGCUGCCCUCCGCAGCGAUGCACAGCCCCGACGCGUCGCGCACGCCGUCGCGCACCGAAAGCACGCCGCACGAGCCCCGCGCGGACCCGACCGAGUCGGCCGCGCACUUUUCCGUGCCGCUGCCCUCCGAAGCGAUGCACAGCCUCGACGCAUCGCACGCCGAGGCCGCGCCGCACGCCGAGGCCGCGCCACACGAGCCUCGCGUGGACCCCACCGAGGCGCCCGUGUCCGUGCCGCCCCCUGCCGCAGACGAGGCGGCGGCGCCCGCGCCCCUGCCGCAGCGCGCCUCGAUGAUGCCCACCCCCACCGCGCACCACGAGCCGGCUGCUGCGCCCCGCACGCGGCACAUGAGCUAUCUGCCGCCCGGGACGCCCGUGCCUCGCGCGCCGACGUCCCUGUCACUGAACUCAUCCUUCUCGCACAUGUCGCGCACGUCGUCCACGAGCGUCGAGGACCGCGAAGCGCUCCAGCGCGUGCGCGACCAGCUGCGCCAGUCGGGCGCAGAGUUCGACGGGCAUGCGCCGCCCCGCCGGCGCGAAGCCCGCGCUAGCAUGGCGCAGGCCAUGGACCGCCGCUUCUCGUACAUGAAUUUGUCGCCCGUGGCGCCGCCGAGCCUGUGGGGCUCGCCGGGCAUGGGGAGCAUGCACGAGGAACCGACCGACGAGCCGGCCUCGGCGCCGCCGCCCGUGCGCUGGCAGGUGCACAUCUGCGAGCGCGUGAAUGCCCUGUGGAAGGACCACGAGCUCGCCAAGGUCAUGGUCGUCGGCGAGGUGCGCGUGUCUGUGGAUGCGUCCGUGCCGCCCCACGGCACCGUGCCCCUCGCACUGGGCGGCACGGACUCGCUCGCGCAGGUGCGCACGCGGCCGGGCGUGUGUGCCGUGACCGCAGAGGCCAGCGUGUACGAGCUGGAUCUCGGCGCCGUCGCGCGCGCUGGCGAGAGCGCGACGGCACUCGAGUACGAGGUGCUUGUGCCGAGCGAUCUGCGCGCGCAGUACGUGCCGCUGCUGCUCGAGGCGCAGUGGCGCUGCGAGCCGCAGCAGAGCUCGGUGCUGCUCACGCACCGCACGAACGCGUCGUUUGCGUCCCCGGCGCGCCUCGAGGGCGUAUCGUUCCACGUGCGCAUCCCCACCGACACGCCGGUCUCCGGCGGCGUACUGGCUGAGCCCGUCGCCGACUGGGACCCCGACACGCAGGAGCUCGUGUGGCAGACCGACGAGGCGGAUGGCCGCCUCGCCGCGCGCUUCCCGCUCGCUACGCAGGGCGCACCACAGCCCGUCACGACUGCGUGGACGAUGCACGACUGCCUGCUGAGCCGCGUCGAGGUGCUCAACGCGCCGCAGGCCCCGACGCGCACGCUCGUGGCGGGCAAGUACUUUGUGCAGCCAUAG